GUCUAAAUGGACCUGGCGUGUGCCUGACUUUGGCCAGUCAUAGCUUGGCGUCCCGUCCAGAGUUUAUUCCCGCCUUUCAUCCCUCUCAAUAACAUGGACGCAUAAUAUAUCCCGUAACGCGUACUGAUUUCCUGAAGGUUGCUAUUCCCUUUAAACGGGAAAAUAUCCGCUAGAUUGCAUUCCGAAUGAGUGUUUUAUAGCCCUCAGUCAUACAAACAGGAGCCUGAGAUGUUCUCGAUGCUUGCAUUUGAAGAUAUUGGUUAUCUUACAUGAUUAUGUAGCCGACGAACUUCCUGUCUAUCUGUCUAAUCAAGAGCAGCCCGCUAAAUGCAUUACCAUUCAGACAAAACGUGGCUAAAGUGUGGAAGAGGAUUAGUUUUCAUUUGCUUUUGUGGACUUUGCGAUAUUAUUCGACAGCCUUUAUUUGCUCUGCCCGGCGCUCGUUCAAUCACUAUUUUAAGGAAGACCAUAAAUAAAGAGAGGAAAGAAAAAAAGGACUGACGUGAUCACGCAGUUUUGUUUUGUCCUUCGGGACAAAUAAACAGUGUUGGUUCCCUUUGGUCGUUUUAGAUCAGACUCUGUUUCCUAUAUAGACACAUUCCAAUCUUUGUUCUGCACACUGCUUCGAGAAAAGUGACUUUUGAGAAAGAGACUCCAGUUUAGUAAAGCCGGAACCCUUCUAUCUGUAGCUCUGCAACCUACACCACCCCUCUUCGCCGACCCAGUAUUCCCGGAGAAAGUCUCCUCGACAGCAAGUUGUCCUUUGGUCGCUCUGCUGCAGAUCCAGUUUUGAGAGCGCGCAGUCCGUGGUCCACAACUUGCCCUCUGCAUCUACCUGCACGACGGCUAUAAAACGGCUUCGGUCACAUGGGAGGACGGACCGACCGCCGAUUGGCAAGAGGGGCAAUGAGAAGGAGAUGGGUGGGGCCGCAGCAUCACGGAACGGAGCUCGUCUUUGUGCUUCUCCUCCCAUAUCUCACAUCUUCAGUAACUGAGAGCUAUGCAUUCACCUGCGCCUCCGCUCGUCAGGGGCCGCGUCGCGCACAGGGGGCACUCCGCACUGCCGUGAGCAAGCCGGGCUGCAGGAAUACGGAAACCGUGAGACGUCCACAGCUGGAGCAGGCAGGACUGGACCGAACCGGACCCUCGAACAAGUCACUGCACCGGUCAUUGCUGGUGUGGAACAACGGGAUCGAUCCCUUUAGAGCGUAACUGGACCUUAAAGCAGGACGCCGUGUUAACCGGAUUCAGAAAGGUGAUAUCGAGCUGAACGGUGGAAGAUCCGACACCAGAGCUGAGCAUCCAGUGCGGGACAAGACACUAAAGCAAAGGUCGGAGGUGAUCUUAAAGCGACAGACCAACUCAGAACGGUACAUCAAGCUGACCAGAGCUGGAUCGGACUGCAGAUUGGGGCAAAGAUACAGCCAGUCUUGGACUGGACUCCAGCCCGGGACGCCGACUUCAUUAUAAACCGCUACCAUGCUCCUUCUCCUGGGGAGUGUCCUUUUGAUAUCUGGGGUGGCUUAUUCUCAAAACGAAACCGAGCCCAUAGUACUGGAAGGAAAGUGUCUGGUGGUAUGUGACUCCAACCCUACCUCAGACCCGACAGGAACUGCUCUGGGAAUCUCAGUGAGGUCCGGAAGCGCCAAAGUAGCCUUCUCUGCUGUCAGGAGCACCAAUCACGAGCCUUCGGAGAUGAGCAACCGGACUAUGGUCAUCUACUUCGACCAGGUUUUAGUGAACGUUGGAAGCAAUUUUGACUCUGAGAGGAGCACCUUCGCCGCCCCGCGAAAGGGAAUAUACAGUUUCAAUUUUCACGUCGUCAAAGUGUACAACAGGCAGACCAUUCAGGUAAGCCUCAUGUUGAAUGGCUGGCCAGUCAUCUCGGCAUUCGCAGGGGACCAGGACGUGACCCGAGAGGCCGCCAGUAACGGAGUCCUCAUUCAGAUGGAGAAGGGAGACCGGGCGUAUCUCAAACUGGAGAGAGGUGAUCUGAAGGGAGGCUGGAAAUACUCGACAUUUUCAGGAUUCCUUGUGUUUUCCCUCUGAUGGACUAAAUAAAUAUUGAGGAACAUGGGACUGCCGGACAAAAUGGGGUAGGAAACGAUCGCAUUCAGAUGCUCUCACGUACCUGCUUGUCAGAGUUUUGGGACAGCCAGCCCUUGAAUAUCCAGAGGCACAGCCCAGUCUCAUUAUGGCGACUGUAUGCGAUGGCAAUGGAGAAUGUUUGGUGUCCUUCUGCAAUCAGAACCGAGCGCAAAAUAAUUCAUUUUCAGUCGAAACUUUUUUUAACCAUAUAGUUUCUGCUGUAACAUUCAUAUUCAAACCAUUCAUUUUUAAUUGAGGACCUUUCACAGUCAUGCCCUUCAUUUAUAAUUGGUUUACAUUAAUUCUGUAGUGGACUAUUGAGCGUCACCCGAAAAGAAAUGUGCAAUGGAAGGAUCUUACUGUAUAGUAUUCUAUAAAAUCCUAAAUUUCUAUAUAUCCUAUAAGUAACCAAAUCUAAUUCAAUAGCUGUAUCUCAGUCUCUCUAUGUAAUUCUCAGUGCUUGUUGAUAUCAGGCUGCUAUGCGUUCUGAUGCUUCUUGUUUUGUUUUAGUCCAAUGUGGCCAAACUUAAUGCCAAAACCUAUACUGGAAUUUUAUGAUAACUCUGUAUAAUAUGUGUGAAUAUUUUGAAUUAUGAUUUGCUUUCACUCAAUAAACUUUAAACGGUUCUUUUAUUUUUCUUAAACAGACA